AUGACGGACCAGCCCCAGAGCCUUCGAGCUCUGUUCGACGCUGCCAAGACCAACAAGACGUCCCUCGAGCACAGCGCUGAGCCGACAGGCGACGCCUACCGUGAUGCGGUGGCGGCGACAAUCGCGAAGCUAGAAGAAUGCCAGAAGCUGAUCGGCCAGGUGUCGCUGUUUAGCUCCAAUGAAGGGCUGGAGGAUAUCUCGAGCGCCGAUUUACAAUAUUUGACGGUAGAUUAUUUUCUGGCCGAGGUCCUGCAACGAGCGUCUUCGUCCGAUCGAGAGGCGCUCCUGCGACGCGCCACCGCAGAAUACGAGAAAUACCUAACGAGGAUUGAUGAAUACGAGUUACUCUCUUCAAGCGAUAAGAAAACCUUUGAACAAUUUUUGGAAAACCCUUCUGCAUUCUCCCUCGCCUCAAAAAACGAUGCUGCCAACCGGCGUGAGGUGAAAGUCGCCCGGUUUAGACAAGAAAAGGAACUGAAGCAAAAAUUAGAGUACUUCUCGCAAAACCAAUCCCGCCUUCAGAAUGACGACGAUGUCGUGCGAAAGUUAUAUUUGGCCGAAAUAAAUCUCUACACCCACCAGACUUUUCAGUCGCUCGAUAUGAUAUCACAAGAAAUAGAAAUGCUCUCACAUAUGCGAAAUGCGCCACCACCUCCCGACCUGACACUGCUACAAGACUCGAGGAGACGAGACGCGACAGAUAGCACUGGCUACACUGAGCGGCUUGACGUUCCGUUGGCUCAGUUAUUAGGCCGUCAAAAUGGCCCACUCUUGAGCAAACAGGGAAAGCCUUUGCAACCAUUUACGCUGACUGACCGCCGGACCGAGCUUCAACGGGGUGUUUUCCGAUCAGGUCAUAACCUUCCCACAAUGUCCAUUGACGAAUAUCUGGAAGAGGAAAGGAAGCGAGGGGGCAUCGUGCAGGGAGGGAAUAACGAGCAAGUGCAAGAAAUUGAUGAAGACGACCUGAUUAAAGCCGAUCAAGAAACAAUGAAGGCACGAUCUUGGGAUGAAUACAAAGAAGACAACCCAAGAGGCUCUGGGAACACACUCAACCGAGGUUGA